AUGUCCGAGGACUCCUCCCCGGAGAUGGGGCCCGGGGCGGGCUCUGGCAUGCCGGCGGUCCUUCGGGGCGAGACUGGACCCGGACAGGGGGCCGAUUCGUCGAAGAUGGGCUCAUCUGGGCGGCCACACAGAAACGCCGCGGGUUCCGUCGCCGUUGAGCAGUUCCUGCUCGGCAACAACUUUGGUGACCUCCUUGGCGCCACUGGACCCGGGCUGGCCAACUCGCUCGCGAGCACGAUGGCACCGGGGAGCGAUAACAUUCGUGGACCAGGCAGCAGCACCGCAAACCCGAGUUUUUUUUCAAGAAUGGCGGAAGCACCGGAGGGAGACACACUAGAAGGCCUGCAGUUUGGCACAUCGCCAUUCCAGUUGGAGCGGCAGCAGAAGAAGGCCCCAGUGCAGGCAGCACCGCCGGCGCCUCGCGUCGUACCUGCCCAGCCUGAUGCAGGUGGGGCUCAAAAGCAACCCGUAGCUGCAGCUCUGGCGUCGCCGUCUCCGAAGAGGCCCUUGGAUACUGCUGCUGCUAAUCCUUUGCCUCCUGGAAAUCCCCAGUCUUCAGGCCCUUCCCCACCUAGUGGCUCCACACCUGGUAAUACGCUUCCAGCAGAGAGUAGUCCCCCUAGGAGCGUCGAGGCAAGGACAAAGGCAAAGAUAAAGGAACAACCAUCGGCACACGCUCUACCUAGCGGGGGAAAUGCGACACGUGCAAAAACCGUUUUUGAGAGGGCUGGACCGAGGCGCACGCACUCUGUAGGCGAUAUGCUGGCUUUGAGGAAUAGCUCCAGCGCGGAGCGCCCCAGGCAUGGUUCCAUCGGCACACGCGCUGCUUCACCUAGUGGGCGUUUGACGGUUUCCUCCACAGGGCCCUCGUCACACGUUCUCACCCGUGCUGGGCCGAGCAAGGCCUCCGGGCCUGCCUGGGCGAAGGCCAGAACGGACACCGGAUCGCGAGAAAAUAGGCCCUCUUGGCUCUCCGCGGCGGACCGCCUGCGGCGCGACGAUGCCCUGGGUAUCUCUGAGAGGCGCUGGGAUCCGUUUUUUAUGCCCGACCAGGUCCGGACGCCGUGGCAAACGAAGUCGCAACCAGGGCGGCUGCGCGCUGCCGACAUCAAGGCCCUGGGCCAGGUAAACUUGCUGGGGCAAGGGACGUACUAUGAGCGCCCGAAUUCCCUCUCGCUCUCAAGCCACUCGAACGGAACCCGGGCGACGGAGUUUGGGGCCGAAUCGCCCAUGACGCUCUUCCCGGAGCACCCCCUGGUCAAAUUUCCCGCGUUGUCGGAGCAGUCUUCCGGGCGGCACGUGCACGUGCGGGCACGGAAAAACGUCGUCCGGGACCCCCUGCGAGGCCAAAGACAGGCCUACCCAGCUGCCUACGCCGGCGGGUCGUUAGAAGCGAACAGCAGCGCGGGGGACUCGGCUACGCUGUGGCCGAAAAGCACGAAGUUGCAAAGGCCAGGGAACCACGCGGAGGACAUGUUCAUGUCACUCUUUACGGGCUCGAGGAGCGACAAACCGCGACCCAAGCUGACCGCCUCUGAGUUUGCCUCGCCGCACCGUGCUUCGGAUUCGUCCGGAUCGAAGAAAGGGCUACUGCAACCUAAUCGUGCCGGUGGUGGAGCCGGUGGUGGUGGUGGUGGAGCCGGUGGUGGUGGCGGUGGCGGUGGAGCCGGCGGUGGUGGCGGAGGUGGUGGUGGUGGUGGCGGUGGUGGUGGUGGCAAGAAGGAAAAAAUUCUUCAGGCUGACGAGGAGGAGCACGAAGAGCGGCGCUUUAAGGAGGCGAGCAACACCGCCCUGCACGCCAUCCCGUGGGAUCAGCGGGCGUUCAUUCCCCUCAGUGGGUUUGGCACCAAAACCUUCAGCACCUUUUCCGCGCCGCUUUUCUGGGAAAAGUUGGACUGGACCGUCCGGGCAUCCCUCUUCACGGUGCUGCCGACGAUGAUUCUCACGCUGGAGCCGAAGACGGAGGACAUCUUCCCGCUGCCCUCUUCCGUGGCCUUCCUUGCCUUCUGGAUCACCAUGCCAACCUUCGGUUCUGGGCUGCGGGAGUUUAUCAUUGCGUUGAAGGGGUACGCCCUGAGCCUGGUGAUACUUCUGUUUAUUAUCCUAAUUGGCCCCCGGGCGAGCUGGCUCAUUCUGCUGCUGCUCUUCGUGCUCGUGCUCGUCACCUCCUUCUUCGCGGAGCAGGUGAAGAAGACCUCGGCCUACUGUCUCGCGGUGUUUCUGAUGCAGCUGCAGUCGGACCCGGGGGGCACGGGGAUUAAGUUUGUGGGGGACUACUUCACCACGCUGCUCAUCGCCCUCGCCUUCGGCCUCGCCGCCUUCUUCAUUCCGAACAUUCGCUGGUCGAGUGACCUCUCCAAGCUGUACGUCUCCAUCCUCGGCAACUCCCUCAGCAUCUACGUGCAAGGGACGUGCUCCAGCUUCUGGACCCGCUCCCCACUGGAGCGCGAGCUGCACAUUGUGCGCCUGCGGCAGCUGCGGGCCACGGCAAAGAGGGCCAUCACGAAGGCCGCUGGCUUCUUCGAAGAGGCAGGCUACGAGCCCCACACGGGCGCCUUCAUGGCCGCCAUCAGCGUGCGACACGCGUUCUUUGUGAACAUCUACAACAUCCUUAGUUCCAUGGUGCAGGUGGUGGAGCUGAUCAACGACAACCCGCAGCGCAUUGACACCCCGCUCUGUCUCUCCUUCGGCAACGCCAUCGCCGAGGACCUCGCCGUCAUCUCCUCCGCGAUGGACAACAUGAUCCUGAAGAUCGCCGACUUUGAGCACCCGGUGCGGGAGGAGGAUAUCCAAAUGUUUCGCGAGGCGCGGGAACGCUUUCAGGACCGCCUCUCCGAGGUGCGACAGGACGUCAUCCUCGACAACGAGAUGUACGAGACGGACGAGUCCGACGUGCUGCUGGGGUUCUUUAUGUUUAGCGUGGAUGAGCUCUGUGAGGUGAUCUCCAACUUUUCCCCGCGGGUGUCGGCGCACAGCAACUUUCUCGAUUGGCUCAAGACCCCCAUCGAUGACUGCAAAAGCUCCUUUAACGCCCUGCGGCUGCUCAUAACCAUGAUGAUUCACCAACGCUCGCUGACGCGGCGGGCGAAGGAGGCGAUUAAGCUGGCGCUCUGCAUGACGGUGCCGUGCAUCUUUCAGGUGUACGCGCUGAACAACAGCGAGACGAGCCCGGUGGCGGGGGCGGCGAUUAUCGCCUUUGUGUACAGUCAAACAGGGGCGCAGAGCUUCACCUAUGCCGUUAAUCGGGUGUUGGGGACGGUGCUAGGCUCGCUUACCGCGCUGCUGGGUGUUCAAAUUGCCGACUCCCGCCGUUUGGUGCUGUACAUUGCCGUGGCCAUCCUCUCCUUUGUUGGGGCGUACAUUCAGACGAGCCCGGAGUACUUUGCGGCGGGCAACGCCAUCUGCAACAGCGUCAUCUCCGUCAUUACACAGUACAGAAAUCCGGAUGCCGCUAUGGUGCGUAUUCAGCAGAACGUGUUUGCCAUUCUCAUCUAUUUUUGUAUUUCUAUGGUCCUCUGGCCCAUGCGGGCGCGGGGGAAGGUGCAAAUGGCCUUCGAUGUCAGUCUGCGCUGCUUCCGUGAGGUGACGUGCCGCCUGCUGCGCAACCUCGACCAGCCCGAGGACGUGUGUGAGGUGAACACCGCCGUGAUCGACGUGCUAAACGAGUGGAACAAGAAGAUCACGCGGCAGUCCACCUUCUUACGCGGAGCCUGCACGGAGCCGACGCUGGUCGGCGCCGACUUUCCUGACUACGCGUGGCAGAAGCUGAUUGACGCCCAGUGGGAUCUCUGGUCCAUUCUCUCUAUGAUGCGCUUCGCGUACUUCACCUUCAUGUCCAGCAAGGCCGACAACGUCACCGAGCUCUCCGUGCACUGGGUCGUGCUGCGCCGCAUCUCCCCCCACGCCAAGGACCUCUCCGACCUGGUCUACGCCACCGUCGACCUCUACCUCCUCGCGAUAGGCAAGACCACCGUCGUGCCGACCAGCCACCUCACGCGCCUGCGGCACGGCAUCCUGGAGGCGGAGGCGAACAUCACGGAGGUGUACAUUCAGACCAUCUGCCGCAACCUCGGCGGCGACGUCGAGGAGGAGGAGGAGGAGGAGGAAGAGGGAGAGGAGCAGGAGGCCGGGAGCCACAUGAGCAGGAUGGCCAUCAGCAGCGACAGCGACCACGACGCGGGUGGUCUCGGGGCAACGCGCCGGGGCGGAAGCAAAAGGCCCGCGGGAAGCACGGGCCCCGCGCCCCCCGGCGAGUCCCCGCCGCCCGAGCAGAAGAAGAAGAGGAGCGGCUACCUCAUGUACAACCUUACCAAGGAGGAGGAGGAGGAGCUGAAGCGGUACCUCGUGAACCGGUCAGAGGCCAUUCGGCAACGAAGCGUUGUCGAGGAGGGCGCGGAGGACGCCCUCAAGGAGAAGAAGGGCAACAUCAAAGACAGCUUCAUCGGCAACCGCUCCUUCCUCGGUCUGUUUGGCAAGGCGGGUCGCGGCGGGGAUCUGGCGUCCUUCGCCUCCUCCGCCGGGGGCGCGGAUCGCGGCAAGAAGAAGGGCAAGAAGCGGUACGGCGACCUGGACGCCUUCGCGCGGGAGGUGGACCUGAACGCCACCGUCGUGAAACGGCGGGACUCGACGAGCCGGCCCGCCGGGAAGGAGCGGGGCAACAAGGAGGCCGGGGCCAGCGAGAGGCACAGCCAGGAGGGAACAGAGGACAGGCGGCCGGGGCAGCGGAGCUCCGCCGAGUCGGAGGAUGGGGGUGACAAGCGGUGGCCCUCCACCGACCACUCGGGCCUCCCCACCGCGCCGCAGGGGAAAUCGGCAAAGAUGACGGGCGACGACACGCUCACGGAGGGGGCGCCGAGCAGGCUGUCGGGCGACCGCUCCUCAACAGAGCCGUCGGAGCGCGGCUCGCAAAUGCUCCAAAAUCUCACCUUUUUUAACCACAAGCGAAGGGAGUUUGUGCUGUCCAAUCAAGAUAUUCACAGUCUGGAGGCAUUCCUUUUUGGUGUGCGUGCCAUGACGGUGCAGCUCGGCGAGCUGCAGAAGGCGCUGCUGGAGAUGCAGCACGCGGGGGAGCUUGCAAAGAAGGUAUGA